AUGGCUGUAGACAAAACGCCCCAGCCCUCGUUGGGAGGGAUUAUGGCAGUUUUGCCAAACCCGACUAUACCCUGGUACAAGCAGAGCCACUUGGCGAGGCUCAAUGGGUUGAUUCUUGGCCUUGUCUGCUUCCAGUCUGCCAUUGGAUACGACGGUAGUCUGCUUAACUCACUACAGUCUUUCCCUCAAUGGAACACUUUCAUGGGAAACCCUACUGGUGAAUGGUCAGGCUUCAUCAACUGUUCAUACUUUAUCGGCUUUAUUGCUGCUUGCCCACCCAGCUCAUGGCUUGCCAACAAAUAUGGCCGUCGUCUUCCGAUCCUUCUUGCCUUCAUUCCACUCGCACUUGGCGUUGGCCUCCAAACCGGUGCCCAGUCAAGAGCUCAAUGGAUUGCGGGUCGUUUUAUCCUUGGUCUACCAACCGGCAUGUUUGCGACCGCAGUGCCUCUGCUCAUUACUGAGAUCGCUUACCCCAGCCAGCGAAGUGUUGUCUCGGCUUUGAUGAACUGUAACUACUUCGUUGGUGGCAUCAUCGCGUCUUGGGCUUCUUACGGCACAAGAAACUACGAUGACUGGGCAUGGAGGAUUCCCACCAUUCUUCAGAUUGCUUUGCCCCUUGUGGGACUUCCCGCUUUGAUCAUGAUUGAGGAAAGCCCCAGAUGGCUUGUGUCUAUCGGUCGGGAAGAAGAGGCCCGCCGAAUCCUGGCCAAGUUACAUGCUGGCGGCGAGUUGAACCAUCCUCUAGUCGACUUUGAACUUCACGAAAUCACUACAGCUAUUGAAUCCGAAAAGCAAGCAACGAAGUCCACCUCAUACAUGACCCUCGUAUCCACCAAGGCUCAUCGCCGACGAUUCUUCAUCACUCUUACCCUCGCCAUCUACUGCCAAUGGGUCGGCAACGGAGUCGUCAGCUACUAUCUCUCUACCGUCCUCAGCACCGUUGGCAUUACCAGUGUCACUGACCAGACUCUCAUCAAUGGAUGUCUGCAGAUCUGGAGUUUGAUCGCCGCAUGCACUGGUGCCAUGUCUGUUGAACGCUGGGGAAGACGCCCUCUUCUCUUGCUGUCUUGUGCAAUCAUGCUUGUCAGCUUCAUUCUGAUUACGGCUUUGUCUGGAAGCUUCGCAAGCACUGGUUCCAAGUCUGUCGGAAUUACCAUGAUUCCCUUCAUCUUCCUCUUCAAUGCCGGUUACGGUGUUGCUAUUACUCCGCUGCAAGUCGCAUACCCCCUCGAGUUGUGGCCCUUCCAGCUUCGCAGUCGCGGUAUGUCUGCGCUAUGGAUGAUCAUGAUUUCCGCUCUCAUCUUCAACGUGUUCGUCAACCCAAUUGCACUGGCGGCUAUCGGCUGGAAAUACUACAUUGUAUAUGUGGCUCUUCUCGUUUCAUACGGCCUCGUCAUCUUCUUCUUCUACCCAGAGACCAAGGGACGCACACUCGAGGAGAUCUCUGUAGUCUUUGGUGAUGCACCUGAAGGCUUGUAUGAGACGGACAACUCGACUAAAGUGAUGGAGAAGGCAGAUGUCAAGCACUUGGAUUAG